AUGGACGAUACUCAAGCGUCCUUGAAGGCGUCGGAGGCGGCGGCUGCGACAAGAAAACGCAGAUCGUCAAUAUUGAAAAGCCAGAGACCUCCUCGGACACCAUUCUCAGAACUGGAGUUCAACGUGGCCACCCCCACGGACACUGUAAAAAGCCGGCGCGUCAGCUUCUCACGGCGAACUGGUGUAGCUGAGUUUAUAACGAAUGAAGCAACGACAACGUGGAAGAAUUUUUAUGAAGAGCAAAAUAAAUCUUUAGAAUCGUCAGGUAAUGAAUCAGCAGCGAAUGCACGACCAGCCAGCAUAGGACAUAUAGGAAAAAGCAUAUUCGAUCAACAGUUUGAAGAAGUAGAGUAUGUAGACAUCGGAGGCGCGUUGCAAACUAACUCAGCGGUUCAAGAAUUUCAGACCUCACUAAAUAAUAUUAAUUUAACCCAACAAUUUGCAGCACUGGAAACCACAGGUGACGAUAGAAAACUUCGUCCCCCUACUCAAAAUUUUGAUUUGAGUCCCCUAACUGAUCAUAAUAGCAAAGUGUUCGGAGAUGAACUUAGUAUUCCAGUAAUGACAGAAACGUCGAAUCCCAUUAGCAUCAAUUUUUCAAACCUCCAACCAUUGAGUUCUAAUAGUAAGUGUGAUGAUUUAGAUGAGAUUCAAAGAGAUUUGGAACGAUCGAAUCAAUCAAACGUCGUUUGUCCAGGUCCGUUUACUGAAAGAGAUUUGUCUGAAUACAUUGAGAUAGAUCUUAAUAUGACCAACGUUGGCGUGAGGAGUGAUGACUGUGACAUGUCUAUAACAGAUACGAUUCAAAGUCCUAAAGUUCAAGAAGUUGUUAAAAGCAAUAUGUCUAUGGUUAGAGAUAAAAAAUUAACUGUAAAUGAUGAUUGGGUGGUAGAUAAGGAGAAUAUAGCAAUUAAUCCUUACGCAACCCCGAAAGAAUCUUUAAAUUUUGCAGUUAACGAAGCUUCAGAUGAGGUGCUCGUGUUUGAUGGAAAGAAAUUAACUGUACAGUUGGAGAAUAAAGCUUUUAAUGAUGAUUUAGAUAAUCUAAAUGUUUCAAAUAAAAUUCCAUCAGCUUCUAAAAUUCCAGACGCGACUCCAAAGAGGAAAACAAUUGUACUAAAUACUGAUGAUGAUUUACCAAAUUUUAUUCCGGUUAGGUCUUUGAUAGGAAAUCAAAGUAACAAUGUUCUCAAAGAUGUAGCUGAAGCUAAAAAUUCUGUUAUAUAUAACGAUUUUGAUUUAUCUUUGACACAGGCUGUUGAUAAUGAAGUAGUUGGUGUUUCUAUACCUAAAAGGCAAACAAUUGUCUUCAAUGAUGACGCAGGGGACAUUUCUUUAACUCAAGCAAUACCAUCUAAAGUUAUAAUCGAGAAAGAAGAAAUGAGAAAAACUAUACUGUAUGAUAAUGAAUUACCGAACAUAUCAAUGACCCAAGCCUUGCCUUCGAAUAUAAUAAGUGCCAAUAAAAGUGUGCUCGAAAAACGAAAAACUAUUGUAUUCGAGGAUGGUGAUAUAUCUAUUACACGAGCUUUACCUACAAACUUAAUACUCGAAGAAAAUAAAAAACCCUCGCAAAAUAAUACAGUUUAUUUUCAAGAUGGUUUGGAUAUAUCAGUCACGCAAGCGAUUCCGCAAAAUAUAAUUGCUGCAAACUUAGAAAAUAUAGAAUCUGUUAAAAAUGAUAUAACUAAUCUUUCAAUGACUCAGGCUCUUCCUUCUAAUAUUCUAUUGAACGAAACUAAAAAUAAUGUUCAAAAGACGGUAAUUUAUGAUCAAGAUGAGGAAAUAGACAUGACGCAAGCAGUACCUGAUAAUGCUAUUAUAUCGAAUAAAAAUAAUUCUGAGAAAAGAAAAACAAUUGUCUAUGAACAAGAUGCAGGAAAUAUAUCUAUAACGCAAGUUAUUCCUACAAAUAUUUUAUUUGACAUUAAAAAAAAAGUUUCAAAUACCAGUGCGUCCAUUAUUACCGGAAAUUCCAUGAAUAAAUCUCUAUUUAAUUGUGAAAAUAAUUUUGAAUCUGAUAAAGUACAAAAAAACGAGGAAGGCUUAAGAGAAAAUAAAACAAUAAAUGAUGUUGAUGCUGACGUUUCUUUUACCAAAGUUAUAUCUACUAAUAUUUUACAAUCUCCAGAAGGAGAAAGCAAAAUAGAGAUUACGUCUUGCGAUACUGACAUAUCUAUGACUCGUGCUCUACCUACAAAUAUACUAUUAUCGGCUGAAGAACAAAAUAAGAAUGAAAUAUUUGAACCAAUCAAUAAAACCAAUACAACUAUACUUGUUGAGGAUGCAAAUAAAACUGAAAUCAAAGAUGUUUCAAACACAAUUGGUAAUAUAACGAAAUUCUACCAAGAAUCCAAAUUAUAUGCCAAUGAUGUGAGCAAUUUAUCUCUUACUAAGCCAAUACCAGCAGAAAUAUUAAUCGUUCAAAAUGAAAUGUCUAAGCGUAAAAUGGAUGUGAGCGAAAGUUUGUUCAAGGCUACUUCUAAUAUAUCUACUGUUAAUCAAGAUAUUAUUGUUUAUCAAACCGCAGAAUUGAAUGUAACGAAAUCAAAUGAUAUCAAUAAAAGUUAUACUAAAGUAGAAGAUGUAAAAUGUUCUAACAUUUCUUUAGAACAAAAUAAUGGGUCAGUAAAACACGAUCUUAGUGAUAAUUUGAAUGGAAAUGUCUCAAUAAAAGAAUCAAAUGAUUUUAAUAACAGUAAUAAAAACCAAAAUGGACACGAAGACGAUUUACAAAGAGAAUGCGUUAGUGAAAUGGAAUUAUUGUCAGUGUCUACUCAUAAGUCGGCAGAUGCUCAUACUAAACAAAGUAAUAAACCGAAAAAGUCUAUACUCAACGAACUUUUAGAUAUGUCUUGCUCUUCUUUAGAUGACGUGAAUGAAAGAUCUCCUUCAGAUAAUAUUGAAGUUAAUAACAGUGAAUUGAAAAUAAUAAAAGACAACAUUACUACUACUGUUGAAAAAGAAUCUAAUGAUAAUAAUACAAUCAACAAAAAGUUACCUAAAAUAUCAUACGAACUUGAAAAAGAAGAAUCAGAACAUGAAUUGUUACAGCUGAAGGUCGAUGAACUUAAACUAGCUGACGAAAACAAUAGAAAAUCUUUGAAUAGACAUUACGAGAAAGUAUUGAGUUCAGAUUUAAGGAAAAGCGGUAGUGUAUUAGACAAAUCUAACGCUAAUAAUGAUCAAAAUAUAUCGAGAGGCAAAAAAUCCUUUCACAACGCAGAUGACACGAAAGAACUGUUACAGAUGCUUUCAGAUAUCACUGAAAGUCAUAACGAGAAACAAGAAAAGAAUAACACAUUACCUCCGUCAGAUAUAAAAGCUUCGACAUCUUACGAAAAAAAGAGCGAAGCAACGCGUUUCAGCAUGAUUCCAAAGAGGCAAUCUAUAGCUCUUAGUCGUGAGGAAUUAUUGACUAAUAUUUCAAUGGCCCAAGCUGCAUUGCAACAGUCUCGUUUCGAAAUAGACGAGAGUGGAAGUAUAGAAGAUACUCGUGAUUCUUCGGAAGAUGAAGAAGAUUUUGAAACUACAGAAGCUCCAAGAAAAUCGGUUCGAAUGAGUACCGAUGUUGUUAAGACGUUACAGUUUGAGGAAGAGGACUCAACUCUUGAUGUCAGUAUGACAGCCGAUAUAAAAAGAUCGCCGUUGAAGAAAACUGUUUUUGGUGAUGUUUCAUACAUGACAGAAGAUAAAUCAAGAGUUAUACCGGCCUAUUUAAAGGAUGUCUCAGAUGGUGUUAAAGCUCUCAUGCAUGAUUUGGUUAAACCUAUGCCUGAUAUGAUGCCACAUGAAAAUGUUGAACUUAAUAACACAAAGAAAUCCCCAUCAACGUGCAGUACUCAGGUACAAGCGGACUUAAUAACGUCAAGUCAAAUAGAUAUUGACGUAGAAUUGCGAUCUACUCCAGAAUCAGUCGGUGAUAUUGAAUCUAAUCAAUCUAUAGUCACAGAGGUAGCAGCUAUAGGUAAUAAAGCUGUAACGCAUGCACUAAGACAAUCUAUCAAGUCUGUAUCACCUCAUACCGCUUUAGAAAUCGAGCAAAAGCCGACAAUGGAAACGAAAAUUAACACUCGACAGUCCAUACCCGGUCCUGUUAUAGUAUUUGAUCAUACUAACCCAUUAAAUAAUAUUCUUUUGACUCAAACUGCAUGCACUAAAGUUCAUAAAUAUGAUCCGCUAUCGUCUAAUGCAGAAGAAAAUGAGAAAUCGAUUACUGAAAAAAGUGAUGUAACAAAAGUUGAAGUGGAAAAUGUAUCCGUGCACUAUAAUGUUGAAAGUCAAAGUCUUAAUAGAUCUAGGAUUAGUGAAAAUAAAACAUUUGAUUCUAAAAGUAUUGAGUCUAAUAUCAGUAAGGCACUGUCUGUUGAUCGGUCCACUGAAGGAAUAGUAAGAGACGUCAAAGAUACAGAAGUUAAUACACUAAUCGCCAUGAAAGGUAAUCAAGACCUUUUAGAAUCAAAUUCUUCCUUAACUCUGGUUGAUGAUGCCCUAACUCACCCAGCGUUUGACGAAGAUUUCAGCGACAAUCACACAAAGACAAGGAAACGUAGUUACAGUCCUACAAAACAAGACAAGAAUAGACUGAGCAAGCCUGUUGAAGUGACUCCGAAACCACUUAAUAAGAUGCAAAAAAUAUCAAACAGUCCUCAAGUAAUGAACAGUAAAGAUCGGGAACAGUCAAAAUCCUCCAAAAUCGAAUCCAAGAUUGACCAAAAGUCUCCUAAUAUAUCGAAGUUUAGUCCAGAAAAAAGAUCGCCUAAAAAACGAAAUAGUACUAAACGAGUAGAAGUAAUAACAGUUCAACAACUAAUUACUGAAUGUUAUAAAGAUUCAGCGAUUGAUAAAAAAAUAGAUAAGCAUAUAUUACAAACUCUGAGAGAUGUUCCUUCUGAGAGUUUAGUCACAGAAACAUUGUCGCGAACGAUAGGUGCAAAAAGUGUAGACACAGUUAGUGAGAGUAGUGCGAAAGAGACAGAAGAUACGGGUAGUGAGGAGUCCCGAACUAUAUCAGCUGUAGGUAGCCAGAUAUCGCAAGAAAACUGGCAACCUCAAGUUAUCGACGAAUUGAGUUCGAAGAAUCUGUUAGCUGAAAGUAGUUCCAGUGCCAAUGUGGUCGCCAAAAUCAACAAAUUGUCUUUUAUGGGGAGUCGCGACUGUGAAUGGGAGUCGUCAGGUGGUGACGUGUGGGUGUUCCGUCUCUUGCGCACGCACUUGCGCCUCACCGUGCGUCUCGUGCACUCGCACCACAACUCGUCCAGAACGCGAGUGCGCGCAGACACCGCGUUGUCGGCGGUCUCCGUCGAGCCUGUACAGGAGGAGAAGGACCCCCUGGCGGAGCUGUGCGUGCGGCUGGCGGGCGAGGCGAUGCGCUACGAGUGUUCGCAGUGCGAGCGCGCGGGAGACGUGCCCGGCCUGCUGCGGCGCUGCGCGGCGGUCGGCCGCACGGCGCUGCUGUGGGCGCGCGCCAUGCGGGACGCGCGGCUGCGGCUGGCUUGUGCAGUGACGCCCGGCGGGGACGUCACGCUCAAGGUGGCGAACGUGCCGCUGCGCGCGGUGUGGGAGGUGCGGCUGCACGUGUCGCUGGCGGCGGGCGCGCGCGGCGCG